UGAAGACCAUGGGUACAACGCGUUCAGCUGUCUGGACACUGCUCCUCAUCCCUAUAGUGGGACUAACAGAAAACUUUGCAAUGAGGAGCUCACAUCAGCCAAUCAGAGGAACAGUUGGACAGGCCGUGAUCCUGCCGUGCCACGUGGAGCCCCCCUCUGACGUGACAGAUCGAACAGUGGAUUGGAAACUCGGUGCAAAAUUCGUGUACGUUUACAGACAUAACAUGCACGAUCCCGAUCAUCAGCACGCGGACUUCAAAAACAGGACGUAUGUCGAUAAAGAUGAAAUGAGAAAAGGAAACCUUUCACUGAGAAUCUUCCCACUGAAGAAAACGGAUGCAGGCAACUACACGUGCAGUGUCCCCAGACAAGACGGCCCGGUCAUGAGAGUAAACACUGAGCUUAUUGUAGCAGAGGACAAAAUGCCAAACAAGACCGUUUCUUCCGGUCUUGGCACUGGCACUGGCAUUACUGGCAUUGGCAUGGCCUCUCUCACCAUGAUCAUGAUUAUAUGGAAUUUAUAAAUGUAACAGGAGAAGAUCAGGGAAUCCUAUGGGAAUGAGGAGACCUUAAUAAUGAUAAUAAUGAACAAUACUUGAAAGAAGCUGUAAAACACGAAUGAUCAGGUACUGUUCUUGAAACAGCAGGACUUCAAUCAUAAUUGUUUUUACUAAAAUAAGAUUUGUAACACUCAAGGGUUUUUUUUUUACAAUGUGCCUCUUUUAUAAAAUUGAUUAUAUUUAUGUUUCAAUAAUGGUUUUAAGUUUUGCUAUUGCUACAUAGCUAACGCUAGCAUUAACAGCUGUUUACUUACCAGUCUAGAAGAAACAAUGCAAGUUCAACAUCAAACUACACUCCUUUACUCACCAACAGCUGUCUCCAGAGGUGGAAAGAAACAGCAAUGUUAACUCUAGUCUCUAUCACAUCUUUUCUUCUACUGAAGUUAACACACUAACCAGCUAGCUCACUUUCUGAUACCGAGUCACUGUCUGCUCUGAAGACGUAUCGCUGCUCAGAAGACGACUAUAACCUCUUGUAUUAUAAACACCACGAUGCCUGAAGCUCUUGGUGAGACUCAACAGUUGUUAAUGCUAACGUUGGACUAGUUCCUUUAAACCUGUAUAUGUAAAUAUUUUCAGAUAAUUGCGUUUGACAUAUGUUUUGAAUAUUUUUGUAAUUGUAGUCUAUUGCUAAGACUUUAAAUAUAAAUAUAUAUAUAUAUGUAUGUAUGUAUUUAUUUAUUUUUUUUUUUUUUAAAGACAACUUUGUGUGGCACAUU